AUGGACUCGAGUUAUAAAGCUCGAAAAGAGGCCUUUGUCUCCGGCCUCGCUGGAGGAACCAUUCUAGAGAUCAACAGCGUCACUCUGGUCGCUCCAGUAUCCGUUUUCCUUUGGUCUGUUCUACAGUCGCGCCUUUCCUUCUUUGCGCCCUACAGUGCUGCAGCACUCGUUGUCGACUUCCUGCUCAAUGUUCUGGCCAUUUUGUUUGCGACGACACUCUACUCAUCUGCGCCUCUCCUACUCAAUCUCUUGCUGAUAUCUCCUGCGAUUCUGGUCCUUCUCAAUACCAAAUCUCGCCGCAUACCCCAGAAAGCGAAGCCUCCACGCCAAUCGGCUAUAGUCGAGCAAGAUGAUUCAAAGCACGCUCAAGGUUCAUUAGAACCUCUACCCAUACAUCCGUUUCUCACGACCUACCGUGCUGCGAUGAUGAUCAUCACUUGUAUCGCUAUCCUGGCUGUUGACUUUCGCGUGUUCCCGCGCCGGUUCGCCAAGGUGGAGAAUUGGGGCACCUCCCUCAUGGAUCUGGGCGUGGGAUCCUUUGUGUUCUCGGGUGGAGUGGUGUCUGCGCGAUCGCUUCUUAAAAACAGAAUUCAUGGCUCCAGGAAAAUUCCUCUCAUCCAGAGAUUGAUGGCCUCGACGCGCCACUCCAUCCCCUUGCUUGUCCUUGGCCUAAUACGGCUGUACAGUGUCAAAGGCCUAGACUAUGCGGAGCAUGUGACCGAAUACGGCGUGCAUUGGAAUUUCUUUUUCACGUUAGGCUUUUUGCCCCCAUUUGUCGAGAUUUUCGAUGCUCUGGCCGUACUCAUUCCCUCAUAUGAGCUUCUUUCUCUGGGUAUUGCGGUCUUGUAUCAAAUCGCUCUGGAGUCAACCGAUCUGAAGAGCUAUAUUCUUGUCUCUCCACGUGGACCAAGCUUAUUGUCCAAGAACCGCGAGGGUGUCUUUUCCUUCCUUGGCUAUCUUGCGAUUUUUCUUGCUGGUCGAGCGAUUGGUAUUCGAAUAAUACCUCGCGGAACAUCGCCUUCUAGAAACCCACAGCAGGCCCGGAAGGGUGUCCUCAUGAGCUUGGGUAUUCAAGCACUCGCAUGGAUCUCUCUCUUCGCACUAAACUCCACAUACGCGAUGGGAUACGGGGCUAAUAUUCCGGUCUCACGUCGCCUUGCUAAUAUGCCCUAUGUCCUUUGGGUUGCGGCCUUUAACAACGCGCAGCUUUUUGUAUUUUGCUUGCUCGAAACUGUCUUCUUUCCGGCUGCGCACCGAACAACGACCAAAGACGGUGAUUCAGAGCGAGUGACUUUCGCCACAAGCCGAAUCAUGUUGGCGUUUAACAAGAAUAGUCUCGCGAUAUUCCUCUUGGCCAACCUCCUAACUGGAGCUGUGAACCUGAGUGUUUCUACUCUGGAUGCUAGUACGGCGCAGGCCAUGGCGAUUCUGAUCGGAUAUUCAUCCAUCAUUACAGGUACUGCUGUAGCGUUGGACUAUGCCAACAUCAAAGUACUGCCGUUUUAG